AAGGGAAAGUCUUCUUCGAGAAGAGGAGGGGGAUCCGGGUGGGUCUUCGUGACCGCGGUGCAAAAGCCGACUUGCAUUUUCUGUUAUUUUUUUUCCUCCCCCCCCCCAACAUGGACUUUCCCAGCGAAUCCUAAAAGCUGAGCUUUUAUAAUAAACCCGCCUGGUUUAUUGUUUUCAUGCCAGCGGGAAGAAGAAAUGCUUUGGCUAGCCCAGUUCUUUGAUCCGCCUGGAGCGCGCGUGGAGGAGUCGCUUUGUCCCCCAUUGCACGACUGUGUGUGUGUGUAUUUUGCUCAACUUUACGGGCGGGAUUUAAGAUUAUGUGGCACGGUAUCCCUGCGGAGUACCGGAUUCUGCAUGCUUUCUUCGUUUGGGAAGCCGACAGGCAAAAUCACGAAACCGGUUGAUUAUUGAGCUUCAUUCAUUCCUUUCUCCUUGAUUUCUCCUGCCGCCCUUUUCUGAAGGUGGGGUGGGGGGGUGUACAUCAGUAGCACAGUAAACAGGCACAUUAAAUAAGCGUUGCUUGAAUGGAAUCCAACCUGCAAAGCGUCUGACUCUCUAGCUAGCCAAACCACGGGAAGCUGCAGUUUGCAAUCGGCUGCACGUUUAUUGCAAUGCAAUUGGAUGCAAGGCACUGGGUAAUUCCGAACGCUACUAUAACUGCAGCGAAACUGACUUCUGAGUAAAUAGUAGAUAGUAGAAUCGGACUACAAGGCGCCCUCAUCUCCCCGCUUAUUUUACCAUGCGACAGAAAGCGAACAAAGACAUCCAUCAAUCAGUUCAAGCGGACUAAAAACCAAAGCGCGAUCCCGGCAGGGGAUACAAUUCGUACAAAUAAUGUUUAAUGUGCAACCUUCUUUCGUAAUCUAAUCUCCUUUAAGAUGAUGUCACAUUGCGGCCGAGGACAUCUUUGCCACCGUUAAAAAGAUAGCGCUAAAGAGCCUUUUUUUUUUUUUUUUUGGACUGAGCCCUGAGCCUGAUUUCUCUCGCAGAGGGCGCUGUGCGAGACAGAGGUCCUCCUCUCAGCUAAAACGUUUCCGGGAUUCAAUUUUCCUAGUUUUCUCCGGCCCACGUGGGAGAGUAUUUUGCAGACUUUUGAACCUGGCAGCGGGUUGCUUUCUCUCGGCUUGGUCCUCUUUUGGAGUCGGUGGCUACCUGGAUGGAUGCUGCUCUGUUCUUGGAGAUUAGGGAGAAGAUGAAGAGCGGAUUGCUGAUUAUUCGUGAAUUAAAUCCAGAAAAUUGGCCUGUGGAUAUUACUCUGAUGCCUUCUUUAAUAGAACUAAAAAGUGAUAAAGCUUGUAAAGCUUUCGGCCUUCCGCCAGAGGUCAGUAUUGUGCCUUCUUCCUGUCGAGGACUGCAAUAUCAGCCAGGGGAAGGCUUACACAUGAGGCUGCUUGUUCAAGCAGAUUUCAGUACAAAAUUGACACCAGCUGUUGGUCACGGCCUAAAAUCCAAAAAGAGUUGUACUUUUUUCUGUCAAUGUUGCGGAGAGAGUGUAAUUAAUAACAGGACAUUUCUCCGGGUUCUUUCCCUUCCUUUUGAGAACUGGAGUGAUUUGGUUGAUGAAUGGUGUUGCCAUCCUAACCCUUUCAAUGAUAGCCUGCUUCAUCCCCAAAUUGAUGACUGUUUUCUUGGGCACAAUUACCUCCUGAUUAAUUCAAGAACUGAGUUAUCGGGAACAGAAUCUGGAAGGCUUCAUUCAGAGGAUGAGUGGACUACAAGUAGUGAGUCUCUCUUGAAUUCACAGGCAAAUAGUAAAAUAAUUUGCAAGCGCUGCAAGACGUUGUUGGGAGAAGCUUUGCCCUCAGGUGUCAUAAAAUACUAUUUCACAGAAUUGCUUAUUCAGCCAUCUGAAGACAGCUUUUGCAUAAUACCAAGGUCUUCCUUUAUACAGACUGUUGUAGCCAAGUGCUUCAUGGAACUCACAUUCUCUAGAAGCACAUUUAGGUUCAGCAUCCAAGGAAUGGAUGGCACAGUCUAUAUCUUGAUCUGGGUACUGAAUUGUGACACACUGAUGGUGGAAACAUCAGGAAACCCAGUUUCCAAAAAUGUUUUUACAUUACUUGAACCUGAGCUGUCAUCUCCUGUGAGGCCUGCUGAGAUUCAUAAAGCUGUUAAAGUUCUUUACCAUCCUUGUACUGCGAACAGAAACAAGGAUCUUGUUGAUGCAUGGAGAGAAGAUAUUGGAGUCUCUCCGCUCACAUUUCCAUCAAAAACCUGUUUGGAACUUCUGUUGAUAUUAUCUCAGAGUAAUGUUUCGUUGCCUCCUUCUCUUCGCUGGAUGAAUUCCUUCCAGGGAAGCCAUCAACCCUGACUCAGUUGGAGGAUGUAGCCAUCCAAUCACCCGAUAGGGUUUCUAUACUAUUUGGGAGAAAGAAUCAGCAUCAAGACAGUGGACUUGAAUGAGCAAAGGAAGCCUGUGCCUCUUUAAGGUUUCUUAAAACUGUACUUAAGCGGAAACAGGAGAUGGGACAAUAAUUCUUAAAAUGGGUGCUAAUUCAGCUUGUACAUUCUUACUUGAACUUUAUCCUCUACCAGAGCCCAAGCCUUGCAAACAAGUUAGAAGACUGUCUCAGGUUUGCCCCAUUUCAUUCAGAGAGAGAGGGUGGGGGGGAUUAUUUAUUCAUUUAUUCAUUCAUUCAUUCAUUCAUUCAUUCAUUCAUUCAUUCAUUCAUUCAUUAUUUUUUGCCACCCAUUUUACCUCAAGAUAACUCUGGGCAUAUUUUGUUGGGAUCCCAAACUUCACAGGGCCUACUAGAAUGCCAUCUUAACUUUAUUUUCUUUACAAGCCAGUUCUGGCACCGGGACCAUAUGGUAAAGGAAGAGUGCAUUUGCCAAUUUAUUUAAAAAGCACUUUAUCUCUUCUAAUCUUUUGGAAAAUUCUUUUGCAAACUACCAAAAAAAAAUGUACAAAUAUCGCUGUGUUAUUUACAGUAAUAAAUUGCUGGCUUUAAUAAAACCCCGAGUUCAUAAUAUAAAAGAUACAUUAUGGAUAUUUUAUCUGAGGUCAGUGUGAUUUCUGUUUCAAGCAGAAAUAAGAAUUCUCUAUUCCGUUUAGCCCUUUGGAUAUCAUCAUUUAAGGAGGGGGACAGGUAUCCAUAUGCUUGCAUAACAAAAUGUUGAAAUGGCCAUGGCUGGCUUGAGGGAGGAACUUUUCCAAUAAAUGCAAGAUUCAGAUAGGAAGGCUGUUUGGAAAAGAAUAUAGUCUUCUAUAGUUGGGGAAAAGUCACUCCUAGGAGUCAUUCUGUUAAAUUGGAUAAUAAUGACAACAUCAGAUUGCAUUUUUUUGGUCUUACUCUGUUUUGGAAAUAUAUAAGUUGUAUGAAUGAAUACACAAGAAGCAAUUUCAUUACUUUAUCUCAUAUAAGAAAUUGAAAAUCACAAAGAGGAAAUACAGGGUUGUUUUUUUUUCUAAACUAUUUGAAUCCUAUUCCAGAAAUACAAUUUUAGAGCCAUGUGGAGAUUUUGUUUUAAUAAAGAAAAACUGGAAAUUAUGGUUCAGGAGCGAAAUGAAUCACUGGAUUUGACAGAUCCAUAUAACCUCAACAUAAAUAUUACUGCCGUUCCUCUUAGAAUCAAUUCAGUCUGUUUAGAUUGUGGCCUGAUGAGAAACGACAACAGAAUCUAUAGAUUAUGACAUUUUCUUUAAUGCAAAACACUAGGAUACAAAACUCUAUCAUUAUCCAACAUCCAUAUGUGUUUGUUGGCUAAUGGCAGGCACACACACACACACACACACACAGCAUGCUAUCCUUAGCUCCACUGACUUUACAUUUCUUGCCUGAAAGGGCUAAUGUACAUGUACAUUUUCUGUUAUGAACAGCUUAAAGAGAAACCAAAAUUAUAGCCUUUGGAACAUUACAUUUUUUUCCUCUCCCAUACCCAGUUUUAUAUACCCAUAAAAGAAAACAUCAGUGGUCUAUUUAAUUCCAGCAAUCCCUGUUUCACUUUGAAACCUUCAGAGUUAACGUUGGACAGAUAACUAAAGUGAAAUGCUUGCUUUUUCCUUGACAAGAAUGUUAAGAGAAAUGUGUUAAGUUGUCUGAUGUAUCAUUGUAAAAAUUCAAUCUCUGAAAAGAUUUGUGCUUGAGUUCUUGUUUGCUUUGGUUUUCUGUAGUCAGGAGAAAGCAAGCUAACUCUGGCAGAACACCAGCAGAAUGUGUUUGUGUUUCAUGCGUUUGCUUAUUUUGUCACAAACAUGGAAGGUUAAUUCUGUAGAAUCACCUUUUUCUGGCUGAGAAGUUUACCAGUUUAAUAAAUAUGCCUGGAGAUUUUCUGUACUAUUACAGAUUUUAUUCACUGUAAGCAGAAAUUUCAUAACUAAAUGUUAUUUGAUAAAAUACAUCACAGACACAGAAUUAGAAAAAGGAAAUGAAGCAACAACUGGAAAGAGUAGAGAUAUUUUGUGGUGAUAUUUGGGAGCAUAGAUUCAAAAGUAGGGCUUUAAAAAUGUUCUUAAUAAACUGUUCAGUUUGGACACCUGCUUUUUCUUUCUCUUUCAUUUGUUGCAUGUUGUAAUGGAAAGUGAGAAAGCUCUUGAGAGACAGGGCAAAAAAAUGCUGCCUAGGGAAGGAU